AUGAUUAUCAACGGCAACGACGAUGCCGCCAUCAAUGGUAUCAAGUUCACCGCCACUCACAAGCUCAAAAGUUUGAUCACCUACGAACGGUAUGACAGACUCGAAAAAAGUAUCAUUUAUGACGAGUCAGAUGCCGACGGUUUGACUUUCCCUCACAACAAUGCUCUUGUCAUUACUUUACGAAUUUUAGAUACUGAUUUUAAGCGUAUCAUGGUGAGUGAUGGGAGUGGAACAUGCAUUAUCCAUCCCCGAGUCCUCACCCAGAUGAGACUCGGGCACAAGAUAGUGUCAUACUAUAUCACACUAACCGGUUUUAACAAUGCAGUUGAAUGGACCUCAGGAGAAAUUACACUCUCCAUCCUCACUGGUGGCAUAACUAUGGAGACAACGUUCCACAUCAUGGACCAGGCCACCACAUACAAUGCCAUAGUAGGACGACCAUGGAUACAUCCCAUGGAAGCAGCCCCCUCCAACUUAUACCAAAUGAUCAAGUUGCCAACACCUUAG